CGCAAAGCAAUUAUGCAUUAACUGCCAGUGCGCACAUGCUUCCACGUAAGUGACAGGUACUGACCAACAUAACCUAUUCAACGUUCUUACAAUCAAAUAUUAAUUUCUUCAUAAUUUUUAAAAUAUAAUUGCAAAAAUUUAAAUAAAAGGUGUCAUAAAAAUGGUAUCUGUUUUGAAUACGGUUGAUACCGGUCAUGAAGACAUGAUUCAUGAUGCCGAAAUGGAUUAUUAUGGUUUGAGGUUAGCAACUUGUUCCAGUGAUAAUUCAAUUAAAAUUUUUGACUUAAAAAAUGGAACGCAAAGUUUAGUGGCUGAUCUUAAAGGUCAUGUUGGACCUGUAUGGCAGGUUACUUGGGCACAUCCUAAAUUCGGAAAUCUUUUAGCGUCCUGUAGUUAUGAUCGAAAAGUAAUUAUUUGGAAAGAAUUAGGAGAAUGGACCAAGAUUUAUGAGCACAAUGGUCAUGAUUCCUCUGUUAAUUCAGUAGCUUGGGCACCACAUGAAUUUGGCUUAAUUUUAGCUUGUGGCAGCUCUGAUGGUUCAGUAUCUAUACUUAUUAAUAAUGGUGAUACAUGGGAUACACAAAAAAUUACAAAUGCUCAUUCGAUUGGAUGUAAUGCUGUGAGUUGGUGUCCUGCUAUUGAACCUAGUUUUGAUGCUAGUGGAACACAAAGAAAUGGACCAAUAAAAAGAUUAGCUACAGGAGGUUGUGAUAAUUUGGUAAAAAUUUGGAAAGAAGAAGGUGAUAGGUGGAUUGAAGAAGACAAAUUAGAAGCACAUAGUGAUUGGGUAAGGGAUGUUGCAUGGGCUCCUGCAGUUGGACCAUCCAAAGCAGCUUUGGCAUCUUGUUCACAAGAUCGUCGUGUAAUUGUAUGGACUUCUAAUGAUUAUACUAGUUGGACACCAACUAUCCUCAAUGUUUUUGAUGAUGUCAUUUGGAAUGUUAGUUGGUCAUUAACUGGAGGUAUUUUAGCAGUUAGUGGUGGAGAUAAUAAAGUAUCCCUUUGGCGUGAAAAUACUGAAGGACAAUGGAUUUGUAUUUCUGAGACAAAUAAAGGUCAAGGAAACCUUAAUAACACAGAUCAGCGUGCAUUAUAAUAUCUGAAAAUAAAAUACCAAAUUGAAUUCCAGAAUUUUACAUCUAUAAUGAAGAAAUACUAUAUUGUACAUUUUUUUAACAAUGCAUCAUAAACGAUGUAUAAGUUAUAAAAAUAUACAUAUUAUAUAUCUGUUGAUCAAGUAAAAAAUAAUUUGCAUAUUUAUAUAUAUAAAUAAAUUAUUGUAC